AUGGUCCGAAAGUGCUCGCGCGUAGCCGUCAUUGGCGCUGGGCCAGCCGGUGCAAUUGCCACAGAUGCUCUGGUCAAGGAGCAGACGUUCGACACAAUUCGCGUGUUUGAGCGCAACACGAUUGCAGGGGGCACUUGGGUGUACACUGCGGACCAUUCGCCCAAGAUACCCUCUCUUCGCAAACUUCUGAAGCACCAGGCCGAUCUGCCCGUGCGCACUCCUGCUGGAUUUCCAUCCGAAACUGCAAGGACUGAAGCAAUCAACUCGCCCCAACUGCGGUAUUCUGAUACAGGCAUCCAUGAAAAUCUGCACAGCAAUCUCCCACCUCAGACAAUGUGCUUUACGCAGGAGCCUAUCCCAGAAAUUCUCUCGGAGCGAACGCUGGUGCAGUACGGCAGCAAUGCUCCAUUCCGUCACCGAGAAGUCAUUCGCGGUUGGGUCGAAGAUAUUUUCGUCCGUGGUGGAACGCACCAUCUCAUCGAGUUCAAUACGACGGUCGAACGUGCUCAAAAGAAGGGAGACGAGUGGGUGUUGACUUUGCGGAGUGCACCGCCGGGAUCGAAGAUGAACUAUUGGUGGCAAGAGGUGUUCGACGCCCUGGUGGUUGCGACAGGUCACUUUUCGCUGCCCUAUGUGCCUGAUAUUGCUGGACUGGCAGACUAUGACGAGCGAUACCCGGAGAGAAUCCAGCAUAGCAAGCACUUCCGGUCUGUGGAGCAGUUCAGAGGAAAGAAAGUGAUCGUCGUCGGCGGCUCCGUCUCGGCAUUUGAUGCGCUCCAUGAGAUUCGAUUAGUGGCACAACAUCCCGUCAUCGCCUCGCUCAAGAACCCGCUACCAGCGUUUGGAUGGGGUGCUUUCACACACCCACACGUUUCCAUCAAGCCACCAAUUGCCAAAUUUCAUCCAGACGGGAGGAUUGAUUUUGAAGAUGGUUCAUCUGUCGACCACGUCGAUGUGGUGCUGUUCGCCACGGGCUAUGACUUCAGUUUCCCCUUCCUGCCACACAUCGAUCGGAGAAUCAAAGGCCGGAGGAUCCAGCAUCUUUAUCAACAUGUAUUUGAUAUCAAGGACCCCACUCUGGCGUUUAUUGGAAUGGUCUCGGGAGGUCUGACCUUCAGGGUAUACGAAUGGCAGGCGGUGGCCGUAGCUCGCAUGUUGGCGGCACGUGCCAGACUACCGAGACGACACCUGAUGCGAAAAUGGGAGCAUGACCGGCUCGCCAAGUGUGGAGAUGGAAUCCCAUUUUUUGACCUGUCGUCCGACUUUGAAGAGUAUUUUGAGGGUCUCAGAAAAUUUGCGGGGAAACCUGCAGCUGGCUCCAGCGGCAGAAGACUGCCUAGGUAUGACCCAAAGUGGAAAGAUUUAUUCGUCGAGGUGGUGGUGAAGGCGAGACUGCAGUGGUGGGAACAGGAGAGGCGCAAGGUUGAGGAAGAGAUAUGCGAGGCCCAGACACACAGACCAAAGGCGGACGGGAAUAGUUCAAGGGAUUUAGUCAGAGCAUUGCUGUAG